AUGGACUCGCUACCUGCGUCAUAUAGGCUGCUUGCAGCUCUGCCAUCACGGUUAUGUUCUAAGCGUCCUCUCCCCGCACAAUUACGAGCCGCGCGACUCCCACCGCGAUGGCGGUUUGCAGGUCAGCUGCGCAGCAUCAGUCAAAGCGCUCCGACAAUUGACCGUUCGAAAUCGAAACUGUUCAAAGAUGCGGACGAAGCAGUCGCGGACGUGCAACCGGGAUCGACCGUCCUGAGUGCAGGCUUUGGGCUGUGUGGUGUAGCAGAUACGCUCAUUGGAGCGAUGAAGAAACGCGGUCCACAAUCAUUACAUUCUCUGACAGCCGUCUCCAACAAUGCUGGCAUUGAGGAUGUAGGAGGCUUAGCGCAUCUUACAAAGAAUGGACAAGUCAAGAAGCUCAUCAUUAGCUUUCUGGGAAACAACAAGGCGUUGGAGAAGCAAUAUUUGAGCGGUGGUAUAGAGAUCGAGCUAUGUCCGCAAGGUACGCUUGCGGAGAGGAUAAGAGCUGGUGGCGCAGGCAUUCCAGCAUUCUACACACCCACAGCCGUCAACACUUUACUGCAGGAUGGAGAGAUUCCCGCCAAGUUUGACAAAGAGGGAAAAGCUGUCGGGUUCGGUCAGAAGAGGGAGGUCAGAGAGUUCAAUGGCAAGAAGUUCCUCAUGGAGACUGCUUUGACCGGCGAUGUCGCGAUUAUUCGAGCACACAAAGCAGAUGAGGCUGGUAACUGUGUUUUCAGAUACACCACCAAAGCGUUUGGUCCGAUCAUGGCCAAAGCUGCCCGCCUAACCAUCGUUGAAGCCGAAGAAAUCGUCCCAAUUGGCACCUUUGAUGCAAACGAAAUCGACCUCCCUGGUAUCUUCGUCGACCGCAUCGUUCCCUCUACCGCACCCAAAAACGUCGAGAUCAAGAAGCUUCGAAAGCCCAUUGCUUCUACAGACACACCCUCCAAGAACGAGGCCGCAGAGCGUCGCGACCGAAUCGCUCGACGGGCGGCGAAGGAGCUGAAGCAAGGAUACUAUGUCAACUUGGGUGUCGGCAUUCCGACGGCAGCGGCAUCUUUCGUGCCUGAUGGUGUGAAGGUGUGGCUGCAAUCCGAGAACGGUAUUCUAGGCAUGGGCCCUUACCCUACCGAGGACGAGCUCGACCCAGACAUCAUCAACGCGGGCAAGGAAACCGUUACGCUUCUACCUGGCGCCUCAACAUUUGACUCUGCAGAGUCAUUCGGCAUGAUCCGUGGUGGCCACGUUGAUGUCUCUAUCCUAGGUGCCCUUCAAGUCAGCGCAUCUGGUGAUCUAGCAAAUUACAUGGUCCCUGGAAAGGUUUUCAAGGGCAUGGGCGGCGCUAUGGAUCUCGUCAGCAACCCAGAGGCUACCAAGGUGGUAGUGGCUACCGAGCAUGUUGCCAAGGAUGGAUCGAGCAAGAUCGUCCAGGAAUGCAAGCUGCCUUUGACCGGAGCCAAGUGUGUCAGCACCAUUAUUACGGAUAUGUGUGUGUUUGAGGUGAACAGGAAGCGAGGUACUUUGACCCUUACAGAGACUGCGCCUGGUGUUAGUGUGGAGGAUGUCAAGGCGAAGACAGAUGCGAAGUUUGAGGUUGCGCCGGACGUCAAGACCAUGGAAUAG